AUGUCACAAGGAAAUCAGACCUCCACCGUGACAGAAUUCUUUAUUGUGGGCUUUCCUGGGCUUCUGCCAAAAUAUUAUGACCUACUUGGGACUGUAUUUUUUUUAAUCUACGUGGCAACUUUGACAGGAAAUACUGUCUUCCUCACACUGUUUGUCAUAGAGCAGAGCCUUCAGAAACCCAUGUACCUCAUCAUGGUGAACCUUGCGCUGUGUGACAUUGGCUUCUGUACUGUAGCCUUACCUAAGAUUAUAUCUAGGUACUGGUUUAAUGCAGGAGCAAUAUCUUUUCAUCUGUGUUUCUUUCAAAGGCAAUUAAUCCAUUAUUUUGGAACUCUCAACUCUCUCAUCAUGCUGAUCAUGGCUCUGGACCGCUAUGUGGCUAUAUGCUUCCCACUGAGAUAUCCAAUGCUGAUGACCAACAAGGUCAUGGGGCUACUUACUGGGUUUGCCUGGUCAACAGCCAUGAUUUCCCCUGGCAUUACCACCAUAAUGUCCUCCCAACUGCCAUUCUGUGGUCCCAACUUGAUCCUCAAUUGCUAUUGUGACACAAUCUCAGUAAACCGCCUUGCAUGUACUGACACCAGCCAGUAUGAGAGACUGUCAUUUUCACUAGCCAUGUUUGUGUUGCUGCUGCCGUUUUUUCUCAUCAUAGUAUCUUAUAUUAAUGUCAUCAUUGCUGUGCUCCGCAGCCGCAGCACACAGGCACGCCUGAAGACCUUCUCUACUUGCGUCACCCAGAUCUGCAUCAUCAGCAUAUAUUACAUCCCACGCUUUGUUGUGUACUUAACAACUUACAUACCCAACAUUAAGCUCAACAUAGAUUCUCGCAUUGCACUGACAAUGCUCUACAGCCUGAUGCCCCCAGUGGUAAACCCAGUGAUUUACUGCUUUAGAACUAAAGAAAUUAGAAGGAUUUUCAUGCAAUGGUGUAUAUCACCAGAAAAGGUAUAA